UCGGCGGGCGGGCGGCUGUGUCAGAGUGUGCGUUGGACCGUGACCGUCUGCAGGACUCCGGAGCUGUCUGCCGCCGGAGCACAGUUGAGUGAAGAUGGAGGAAUUUCUGAACGGACCAAUUGACAAAUAUUGUGGGUCGAAAUUUUGGGACAGCAACCUGACCUGGAGCGAAAGCGACCCGGACCUCACACCAUGCUUCCAAAAGACAGCACUGGUGUGGUUGCCUUGCACGCUGCUGUUGGCACUCUCGCCCAUCGAGGCCAGCUUUCUCAUGGACAGCCAGUCACGACGCACGCCUUGGACUGCGCUCAACGUGUCCAAGCUGCUGCUGACAUCUCUUCUGAUCGUGGUGUGCCUGGCAGAUCUGGGGUUCGCCCUUUCCCUCAACAAUCAAGGUUAUGCUAUCUACGCAGUUGAUGUCUACACGCCAGUUGUGAAGCUGGUUGCUCUGGCGAUCUGUGCCGUUCUGCAGUACUACAACAAGAAGCAAGGCCAGAGGACUUCUGGCGUGCUAUUCAUCUUCUGGCUAUUUAUGGCUGUGUGCGGGGUCGUGCAGUUCCGAUACGAGAUACGACAGUUGCAGCAACAGGUUUCCCCAGACCCGUACUUUCCUGUUGUUAGCUACAUUAUGUUUUAUAUCAUCACAUUAGUAAUAUUUCUAUUAAGCUUUUUCAUGGAUGCAGUACCAAAGGUGUGGGAAUAUGAAGGACUUGAGAACCCAGCCCCGGAAAUCAAGCACCCGUUCCCAGUAAGGCUGUUGUUCGUCUGGUUCGACACGUUUGUGUGGAACAGCUACCGGGUGCCCAUCAAGCAGGAGAACCUGUGGGACUUGAAGCCGGAGGAGGCCAGCAGAAGCAUCGCUCCGUCAUUUGACCGACACUGGGACAAAGUGAUCGGCAGGAACUCGCAGAUGGCCGAGGCGAGGGCCAGGUUCCACAAGAACUCCGGCAGCAUGGACCUGGCGCGGGGCAAGAAGGCGGGCUUGCGCCAGCCGUCUGUUCUGCCGUCGCUGUGCCGCGCAUUCGGCCCCAUCUUCUUCUGCGCGUCUGCCCUGGGCUUCAUCAACCUCGUCGUCACAUUCGCCAACCCACAGCUCCUUGGGCUCGUGAUAUCAUUCGUGAGCAGCAACGAACCCAUUUGGCUCGGCGUGGUGUACGCAGUGCUGAUGUUUGUGUUCGGGAGCCUGCAGCCCAUCAUCAACUCUCACUUCAACCUGAUAACGAUGAAAGCAGCCGUGAGGAUCAGAGUGGCUCUGAUAGCCGUCAUCUAUCGCAAGGCGCUGACGAUGUCCAACAACGCGAAGAAGCUGUCGACGGUCGGCGAGAUUGUGAAUCUCAUGAGCGUGGACACGGCGAGGAUCGUGGAGUCGGUGAUGCAACUCAACUGGCUGUGGUUGUGUCCACUGCAGAUACUCGUCGCACUCUACUUCCUCUGGCAGCUCAUGGGUGUCGCAGUGCUGGCUGGCACGGCCGUGAUGAUCCUGAUGGUCCCCGUCAAUGUAGUUAUAGCCAACAAAGCCAAGAACCUUCAAAUAGCACAAAUGAAAAUUAAGGAUCAGAGGAUAAAACUGAUGAAUGAGAUACUGAAUGGAAUAAAAGUCCUGAAGCUGUACGCAUGGGAAGGCUCUUACGAAAAAAUCAUUGAAAGAAUGCGGGACAAGGAGGUGAAGAUACUUAAGACCACCUCCUACCUGAAUGCUGGCACCUCAUUCAUAUGGACUUGUGCGCCUCUUAUGGUUUCCCUGAUGACAUUCAUGACUUACAUCUUCCUGGAUAGUAACAACGUGUUGGACUCGCAAAAAGCUUUUGUCUCGCUCACAUUGUUCAACCUAAUGCGUGGACCACUUGCCAUCAUACCAAUGCUGAUCACAACAAUGAUUCAGGCUGGUGUAUCUGUAAAACGAAUUAGCAAGUAUUUGUGUACUGAAGAUUUAGAUAUGACAGCUGUGAGUCAUGACAGUUAUGAGAAGCACUGCCUGAAGAUAGACAACGGGACGUUCACCUGGGGCGUCGAGGAGGAGCCCACGCUGAGGAACAUCAACGUGCGAGUGCAGAGCGGGGCGCUGGUGGCCGUGGUGGGCACAGUGGGCUCGGGCAAGAGCUCCCUCGUGUCUGCCCUGCUGGGCGAGAUGGACAAGAAGAGCGGCUCCGUCAACACCGUCGGAUCCAUCGCGUAUGUGCCUCAGCAAGCUUGGAUCCAGCACGCAACUCUCCGAGACAACAUCACCUUCGGCACGCCGUUCGACCAUGCUCGCUACCAGCGCGUGAUCGACGCCUGCGCGCUCAGGUCGGACCUGGCCAUCCUGCCCGGGGGGGACCAGAUUGAAAUAGGUGAAAAGGGCAUCAACUUGAGCGGAGGCCAGAAGCAGCGAGUGUCUCUCGCCCGAGCCGUGUACAGAGACUGUGACGUGUACCUGCUGGACGACCCUCUCAGCGCCGUCGACAGCCAUGUCGGGAAACACAUCUUCGAGAAGGUGAUCGGACCAACUGGACUCCUCAGGAAUAAGACUCGCGUGCUGGUGACUCAUGGCAUCACAUUCCUCCCGCGCGUGGACUUGAUCCUGGUGCUGAAGGACGGGCAAGUGUCGGAGACCGGGACCUACCAGGAGCUGGUGCAGAGGAGAGGUGCUUUCGCCGAGUUCCUGGAUCAGCAUCUUCAAGACAUUCUAGCGAGUGAUGCAGCUGAACAGAAUCUGGAAGAGGUGAAGCAGCAGCUGGAGAGCAGUCUGGGUGCGGAGGAGUUCCAGCGCAAGCUGAGUCGAGCCAUGUCGCGCGUGUCGGAGUCGCGCAGCCAGGCCGGCUCCCUGGCGGACAUCGUGUCCGCGCUCAGGUCGAGGUCUGGCUCCGUGCACAGCAUGCUCUCCGUGGCAAGCAACAAGUCUCGUGCCAGCAAGCGUCGCGCCAGGAAUGCCAGCGAGAGCAGCAGGAUGAACGGAGGCAGUAUUCUGCAGCUUGAAGGCAUCAAUGAACCUGAUAUGGCUGGACAGAAGCUCAUAGAGGACGAGAAGAUUGAGGAAGGAAACGUUAAAAUGUACGUCUUCAAGUACUACAUGAAGGCGAUGAGCUUGCCAAUGGUGCUAGGAACAUUCAUCUUCAAUGCCCUCAUGCAGUUUUUCCAAGUCGGGGAUAAUGCAUGGCUGUCGGUGUGGUCCGAAAACAUGCUGGGAACGGUGAACGAAACAACGGGAUUGGUGGAGAGCAACCCUCAAGAGUUGUACCUCGGCGUGUAUGGAGCCAUGGGUUUCGGCCAGUCGGCGGGUGCCGUGCUGGGCACGCUAGCCAUCAGCCUGGGCACGCUGCACGCUGCCAAGGUGCUGCACGCCAGCAUGCUCGCCAACAUCAUGAGGCUGCCGCAGUCGCUGUUCGACACCACGCCUAGCGGCCGCAUCCUCAACCGCUUCUCCACCGACGUGAACGUGCUGGACCUGUCCUUCCCCAUGUUCAUGCGCUUCUGCAUCCCCUACAUCUACCGGCUUAUAGGCACGUUAAUUGUCAUCUGCUAUUCUACACCUAUCUUCAUGGCAGUUGUAGUUCCUAUUGGCGUACUGUACUACUUUAUACAACGUAUAUACGUGGCAACAGUUCGACAAGUAAGAAGAAUAGAGUCUGCAAGCAGAGCCCCAAUUUUUUCACACUUUGAGGAGAGCAUCACAGGUGCUCCAACUAUACGAGCUUAUCGGGUGCAGGAGGCGUUCAUAAAGAAGUCUGAACAGCAUGUGGACAACAAUCAGAAAGCUAUUUAUCCAGCUGUCAUCUGUAAUGGGUGGCUGACACUGAGGGUGGAGUUCAUAGGAGCAAUAAUAACUUUCUUUGCGGCGUUGUUCUCCGUGCUGAAUCGCGACACAACAAAUGCUGGCCUGGUUGGGUUGUCCAUCAGCUAUGCCCUGCAGGUGACGAUGACACUUAGUUUCCUGGUGCGGACUGCCUCUGAUGUGGAGACGAACAUAGUUGCUGUCGAAAGAAUAAAAGAGUACACCGAACUCGAACAAGAGGCGCCGUGGGAGGUGCCCGAGCAUCCUGUACCCGCAGACUGGCCGGCGCAGGGGCAGGUCGAGUUCCGAGACUACCAACUGCGGUACCGCGAGGGUCUGGACCUGGUGCUCAAGGGCAUCAACGUCACCAUCCAGGGCGGGGAGAAGGUGGGCAUCGUGGGGCGCACGGGAGCGGGCAAGUCGUCCCUCACGCUGGCGCUGUUCCGGAUAGUGGAGCCGGCAGGAGGCACCAUCUACAUCGAUGGCGUGGACAUCACCAAGAUAGGCCUACACGAUCUGCGCUCGCGCGUCACCAUCAUCCCGCAGGACCCGGUGCUGUUCUCCGGGCCGAUGCGGCGCAACCUGGACCCCUUCGACCGGCUGUCCGACGAGGCCGUGUGGACGGCGCUGGAGCAGGCCCACCUCAAGGACUUCGUCAAGUCCCUGCCGGCAGGCCUGAACCACGAGGUGUCGGAGGCCGGCGAGAACCUCAGCGUGGGGCAGAGACAGCUCAUCUGCCUGGCCAGGGCUCUGCUCAGGAAGACCAAGGUGCUGGUUCUGGACGAGGCGACGGCGGCCGUCGACCUCGAGACGGACGACCUCAUUCAGGAAACUAUAAAGUUAGCAUUCAAGGACUGCACUAUCCUUACUAUUGCUCAUCGACUCAACACAAUUCUUGACUACAACAGGGUAAUUGUGCUGGACAAAGGGUGCAUGAUUGAGUUCGACUCUCCAGAAAAUCUGCUCAAAGACAGCAGUUCAGUUUUCCAUGGGAUGGCCAAGGAUGCCGGUCUCGUGUAGAGCGAGAUCCCUGAAGAGUCUCACUGUCCGCCGAUAGUGCCAUUGUGCGCUGGUGCUAUGGCUGGCCUACUCAGAGAACUACGAGCUUGUGUUAGGUACCUGCGAGCCUGGAGCCACAAGAAAAUGACACAAUGCCGUCAAUUUAGUGAUUGACGAAGCCCAUCUUAAUAACAUGAAACAUUGACAAUGGUGACAAAGCAUUCUGUUUUUGUACUUAAUCUUUAAGGUGUAUGAUGCGCACCAUAAAUGAUACAGCAUCAUAGCAAUUGGAACAUACGAAGUUAUCUACAUAUUCUGUACGAAGCCUUUAUUUAAAUAAUAGUGAACAAGUAGUGCACAAUAGCAGCAUUUAAAAGUAUAUUUCACAGAACUUUUUAUAUUAAACCUGCCUUAAAUUUUGUAAUUAAAGUAUUUUGUGCUUAAAUCAUUAGAAACGGUAGUCAAUUGGCAUAUUAGACCACAGUAGUAAGUUUUAGAGUUUGACAAGAGGAUGUGUAUUGUUAUGUGAAGUUCAAAAGGCACAAAAACUUAAGAAGUGUUAUGCCACUUAACUGCACUGAUUCACAUUACACCAAGCUAUUCUCAACCCCCAAAAUUAUUAUCCACCUCUGCUACUAACCAUGUUUACUAACCUUUCAUGCACAACUUAUUUCAAAACACUACAAGAUGUUUAAAAAAUGAAAUGAAACAUUUAUUACUUUCGAGAAUAUUUAUUUUAAAGUGUUAAAUCAUUUGCACAGCAUCACUGCCAUAAAAGCUUCCCAAUAUUUUAAAUAAACUCCAUUAUAUUGGUAGCUUUUAAAAUAAAUUUUUAUGGUACAUUAAUAAGGUACAAUUUUAUCACUUUUAUUAACAUAUUGUUUACAAUAAAAAUAAGUUUAAAGUUAUUUGUAAUAUAAUUUAAAUUUGGGAAACAUGUUCCAAUUCAUAUUUUUUACAUAUUUUUUUGUUUAAAGUAUUUUGAACAGACUUGCUUACCAAGGUAUGCAUAAAUAUUCUUUCAGGUAAUCAUCUUAAAAUAUUAACACUAUUUUAGAUGGAAGCUGCUCGAUAGGUAAUGACUUGAGAAAUCAAAGACAGUUUAAUUGGUGCUACUACAGUUCACAUCUUUGAAUGGUUGUUUUAGUGUUUGUUAAAACUAGUCAAACUGUACAUGAGUAAAUCUUAUGUCUCUUUAAAUGUGUACUGUCAUGCUGUAAAGAGUUUUGUACAGAUUUUGUAAAAAUAAACUAUUAUGGACAUAAGUAAUGGUCAAGUAUUUACAA